ACACCACUCCAAAUAUCCCAUACUCCAGUGACAGCGAAAAAUCACAGUACUCUGGUCUUUUGUGUCCAAUUGAAUUAUUGCAGUCUGUCUCCAGUCUACUCCACUCGAAAAUAGAGGCUAAGUGGUUGAAUGUGUGCACGCGCGUUUGUAGGUGUGUGCGCGUGCGCACGAUCAAAGCUGGUUUUGAUGUGAAUGGGUUGAGUUGGUUUGCACACCUGACAAAUUCGAUUAGGGCUACCGUGCUGCCUCAUUUUGGCAUCACAGUCAUCGCAUUGGCUUCCCAUAUACGCUCAUUGUAGUGUUGACAGAGGCAAACUAACAUUGCCCAACCUACACCGCCAUGGUACUCCGCUUCGCAUCAGCAUAAUUGAGCGUGUGGGUCAGGGAUAAUUGGAUCAUGUCUCUUUGAAUUACGCUUCGGUGCGCAUGCGUCUAUCCCCGUGUGAACAUUCCUCGUUUCGAUGUGUGAGAGAGAGAUUCAUCGCUUUGUGUCGACGAAGCACCCCCGAGGGUUCUGAUUAUUAUUAAAUUUGCCCAACGCACACCAGAAUGAUGCUGUCCCAAUCAUACUUAUUUCCAGCCAGUGAGCGAAAGGAGCUUGACGUGAAUUCGACUUUAGCACAAGACGGUGAAUCUGCGAGUCAAGCAUUUUCGUUGCAGUUCAGCAUUGACGAAGAACACCGAUCCAAACAUGGUGCGCAUCAUGAAGAUAGCAAUGCUAGCGAUGAAGCCCCACUUGAAUUACUUCAUCCUGUCAAUUCAACGGGUAUUUCGGCUAAUUCACGAGCAAUCACUCCUAUCAAUUAUGACUGCACCGUGGACGAUUCAUCCUUCGGCCCAUUCGAGCAUGAUUCUUCUGCGAUUAUUCAGAAUGGAUUGCGGAGUUCUUUACCGCAGAAACAGGGAAAAAGGAGCGUACUUGGAAAAGACUUCUAUGUUUGCGGUCCUAACAGAUCUGGUUAUGCGAAUAUACCUCCACCUUCGACCGUGGUAUGCGAUUGCUCUGUGGACACGGAAUGUCAUCCAGUUUCUCCUGUGAAGCAGCAAUUGGAGGCGAGUAGUUACUGCUUCGCAGAGCCGACUAACUUAACCAGCACGGCAGGAUUGAAGAGCAAAGACUUCAUCAGUAAGCUAUUGACUGAAAAGGUCGACGAAUCAGUUCUUCAUAGCAGUGGGUUUGAUGAACCACCGGUUGACAAGAUCAAUUGCCACGACAAAGAAACUACCAAACUGAAAGGCCCUGUCUCUUUAUUGACAAACGACAGUACGGAAAUUGCCUUCAGGGUGAACGAGGAUAGCAAGACAACCAUGUCGGCCCGCAAUACGGAGACACAUGACACUGGAUUGGAUUUUAAUUGUUUAUCACAGCACAAUUUAUCCGUGGCUCAGGCAGCUUCAUCCUUCGUGAAGUCACUCACGGAAUUCGGGUUAAACACCACAAAUUCAACGUUUUUCUUUCCGUCCCAGUCAGCCCCCUGUGGGGCGCUUACGGGUGCUCCCGCUGCUCCGACAACCCUACUCCUCAGUGGAGCCGGUCUGCAUUCCGGCAUGAAUGCUGCUCGUGGUCAAACGACGCCCCGUGAGUUACAUUCACCGGAAUCGAUCGAAUCGCCGGCAUCGCCAUCCAUGCAAACAGACUCUGGCUCGGUGGCCAAAAUGUUACUGGCUGGAGUCCCAGGACAUUAUUCAACCACGUCUUCGUGUCCAACGCCAGCUCGAAGACGCCACCGUACCACUUUCACACAAGAUCAACUGCAAGAACUUGAAGCAGCAUUUCAAAAAUCGCACUAUCCGGACAUCUACUGUCGUGAAGAACUGGCAAGGAUGACAAAACUGAACGAAGCACGCAUACAGGUUUGGUUUCAAAAUCGAAGAGCGAAAUAUCGCAAACAAGAGAAACAAAUGGUAAAACAGCAGCAACAACACAUCACGGAUGGAACCAUACCACAUAGUCAGUAUCAAUCCCCUUUUCUGCCAAUGCAGCAUCCACAGGCUCCCAUGCAAUCGUACAUGCACCCAGCAGCUGCGCUGUACAGAACUGUGUCUCCACCCACGGGACCACCUUUUCUGUGCCCGAGUUCACAUCAACCCAAUUUUCCCUAUCCCUCAGCUCAACUAUUGCAGUCCGCCACAUUGGGUGUCGCUUGCACAAAUACACCGCUACACGGAUUGGGAGCAGGUGCUUUGAUGAAUUGCUACGGGCCAACAAUGCCUUACUUUCACCCAGCGUUACGACGUUCCAAUGGAACGUCGAGUUUCCCUGAUUCGUCUUACCAGACAACACACAUGCAUUUUAAUCGCUGCGGUACUGACUUCACACCGGAUACCGAUUCACCAGUGGAUAAUCCAACCGAGGAACGCAGCGAAAUAGCAUCCAAGAAAUCGCCCGGUGAACAUGCUUUCUCUCAAUAUAACUCAGGUAGUGGAACACCCCUGCUGUCAUCGGAUUGCUCCAACGUAGGUCCCCUGAUGCAGCGCGCUGCUGUGGCUGCUGCUGUCGCGACUGCGAGUGUGCGAUAUCCAUCGAAUUCCGACGCAUCAAGUGAUGUAGCCCAUCAUGCAGUGGCAGAAGACGACACACUUUAUUGCUCCAAACCAGCAAAACGUCCAUUUCACCCGGACUUUUGUCCAAAAGAGGCAGUAGAAUGGAGGGAACUAAUAGAACAAGUGAAUUCAAAUCCACGGUACCAAUCACGAAGAGCUGCAACCGCUUCAACUUCCAUGGACCUGGCGGCUGUGGCAGCGGUCGCUGUCAUAACUCAACAGCACGGACACGAUCGGUUCCCUGAAGGUCAUCCGGCUGAAGAUGGUAUUCCUCCGACCAAUACCAAAUUUGAACCGGAGUUCAGAGCAAACAGGCACUGCAGCAUAUCGAAUCAGGCGAUUAAUUCGGAGUCAUUACCAUUACCAACUCGAAUGAAGACUAAUGACACGAAAGUGCUACUCGCCGGCACAUCACUGACAAGUGGCAGGGAGUCUUUGAGGGAACAGUCUGAUAAAUCGGUGAAUGAUGCCAUCGAAGCCAAUCGCUCUCCGAUGUGUUCACACACAAACGGUGACACUAACAGACGCCCAAUGUUACUGCAACUGCCCCCUUCAGGUUUACCUGUAUCACGACAACCAAUUCUAGAUCUAGAUUUUAACGGAUUUCCUAGAAUACACCCAUCAAAUCACGUCCCAUUUGCGACGUUUAGGCCUAUGGAUCGUAAUUCGGUGCCAGAGCACGAAGCUAAACAGGCUACACACAGCACACUACACCACCAGCAUCAUCAGUCGCAGUCAAAUUUACCAGUUUCAGGAAAUGUUGGUUUAACGGAUAAGCAAUGCGAAAAUUCUGUCUUUCUGGUUAGAACAUCUAACUUGGCGGACCGUGCAGAACCCAAUUCACCUAAUCCAAUUUUCCAAACAAACUGGAACCACGGAUCACGUGGGAUAAUUUCUCCAACACGCACCGUAUACUCUCCAAGUCAGAUACCGAACGAUUCCAGCCAGAUGAAUGGGGCUGAUGUCGAACAAUCCAUCUCAAUCUCAAGAAUUCCGGUUGAUGAGCAACAUGCAUUUAACUAUUUCCGACGCCCUGAAUUUUUUGAUACCCGAUUUCGCGGUCUUCCCGCUUUUCAAGCUUCGUAUCACGCGCUACCGGCAUUUAUUGGGCGACGUACUGAGAGUGAUCCAACCCCUGCAUGUGCUUCUUCAAGUCUGUCCAAUUCGGCAACCGGCACCGAUACUAGUCGCUGUGCCAAUCCGCUUUGGUGGACCAAUGGAGAUAUGGACGCUCUUCAUCACAAUGUCAAACAAGAGGAACACACACACCAUGGUGUCGAGUGGUGUCGUCCGGCAGCCCCGGGAUCCGACCGACCAUCGACUUCACCAACGCCAACGGUUAACGGGCCAGGUCUACCCUACCGCACGUGACCGGAUGUACAAAGAUAUUCAGAAAGACGUCUUGACAGGAUUCAACUGUUCGAACCACAGUUUAGUGUGCUUUGGACAAAGUGGGGUUGUGAUUUACAUAUACAUUCUACCUACCAUUCAUUUUGCCAUUAAUUUCUGUAUUUUUAUUGCUAUUGUUAAAAUAAUGCGUGUCAAUACAAUGUACGCAACUC